CAUUGCAAUCUCUGUAAACUCGUUCAAGUGUUGUUCUCUUUGUAAACUCAUUAGAAUCACUUCAAAUUUUCAUCAGGAAAAAGGAGCGAAAAUGUCUUGCUGUGGUGGAAACUGUGGCUGCGGUUCUGGCUGCAAGUGCGGCAGCGGCUGUGGAGGGUGCAAGAUGUACCCCGACAUGAACGUUGCCGAGAUGACCACAACGGAGACUCUCGUCCUGGGUGUUGCACCCCAGAAAGCACAUUUGGAGGGAGCUGAGAUGGAAUUUGGGGUUGAGAAUGACGGUAAGUGCAAGUGUGGAGACAACUGCACCUGCAACCCUUGCAAUUGUAAAUGAUCAGA